CACUGUAAGUGACAGCGGUGACCUUACUGUCAAUUUGACAUUUGUCAGACUUGCCAAAAUGACGACUGCUAUCAGCGGCUUACGUUUAAUUUUCCAAUAAACACGCAAAAUUAUUGCAAUUUUAUUGUAAUUAUUAACAUUAUUUAUAAGAAUAAAUGUUAAUUAGUCUAUAGUGCAUUGAUUUUACUAACACAACAUUGAAUAUGGAUCUCCACAGGCCCGUGGAUCCUAACAAGACUUACGAGGAACUAACAUCUGAAGAAAAACUGAGAUAUGAUCAUCAAAGGCUGCACGAGCUGCAUCGGGGACAUGAGGGCAUGCACACCACCAUGAUCCUGAUUCUCAUCGGGACCCUCAUCGUGGCUCAAAUCAUAGUUGUUGAGUGGAAGAAGCGGCAUUAUAGGUCUUAUGCGUUCUUCACAAUGAUAGCGAUGUGGUGUAUACCGCUCAUCAUGAGCGCCCGGAGCCACUGGUGGCGGUUCGUCAUCAUCUGGAGCAUAUUCACGUUACUAACAGGGCUUGUGAUGAGAAAGAGCUCCGUUAAACCCAUGAGCGCUACCACGCCUAGACUAGUGUACAAAUGGUUCUACCUAAUCUACAAAAUCAGCUGUUGUAUUGGCGUGAUCGGCUACGUUAUUAUGAUGCUCACGUUCCUUGGAGUGAACCUACUGUUCGGUGCUAAACCUCAGUCGUGGAUGGACGUGGGCAUGGUGCUUCUAUUCUACGGGCUGUAUUUCGGCGUGCUGGGCCGGGACGUGGCCGAGUACUGCGCGGACAAGAUGGCCGCCUCCAUCGGGUAUUACACACAAGAAGGCAUACCGACGCGGCAGCUGGAAAGCGACGUGUGCGCUGUAUGCGGCGACAAACUUCUAGUAGCUGUUAAUGAGGAGGGCGUUAUAGAGAACACGUACAAGUUGUCGUGCGGGCACGUGUUCCACGAGUUCUGCAUCCGCGGCUGGUGCAUAGUGGGCAAGAAACAGACUUGCCCGUACUGCCGCGAGCGGGUCGACCUCAAGCGGAUGUUCACCAACCCUUGGGACCGGCCGCACCUGCUCUACGGGCAGCUGCUUGAUUGGCUGCGCUGGCUGGUUGCCUGGCAACCACUCGUCAUGUUCCUCGCGCAGGGCAUCAACUGGCUCCUCGGGUUGGAGUGAGACACCAACACUUUCUACCUCACUUUCACAUGCCUUGAUAAUUAAGCUUGUGUGCGUCUUACGUGUAUAACGUACGUUUCAUUUGUCAAAAGAUACCGCAUUGUCGGUAGUGAAUAAGGAGUACUUCUUUU